AUGAAACGAAAAGGUUUUAAGACUUUCGUUGCAAAUAGACUAUCAAUAAUUCAUGAGGUGACGUCACCACAUGACUGGAGGUAUGUACCCUCAAAGAGUAACCCUGCUGACAUUGCGUCAAGGGGAGUUAAUCCGCAAGAAACUGAAAAGCUUGACAUAUGGUUGAAUGGCCCCGAAUUCCUUAAAAGGAAUGAAUCAGGGUGGCCAGCGCAGGUAAGUAAUGCAACCGUAAAUGAGGAUGACAUAGAGCUCAAACUUCAGGCUAGUGUACUAAACACUCAUGGUAAGUAUAAUUUGAGUAUGGAUACGUUACUUAGUAAGUUCUCCGACUGGCAUAAACUUCAAAAUGCAGUCGCUUGGCUACUACGUUUUAAGUGUUUCUUAAUUGAGAAAUACUUACCCCAAAGACGAAGUCUUUACAGUAAGGUAAGUAGUAAGCCCCUUAGUGUGGGGGAAAUUAAAAUGGCACAAAUAGCCAUUUUUAAAUUAGUUCAAACGGAGGCGUUUGAAAAUGAAAUAAAUGAAUUAAAGGCUCAGAGGCCGGUUCCGAGUUCGAGCCCUCUGAAAAGGCUAUGUCCUAUAUUAAAGGAUAAUGUAAUGCGAGUCGGCGGACGACUAGCAAUGUCCGACCUACACGUAGAUGCUAAGCAUCAAAUUAUCUUGCCGAGUAGCCAUCACGUGACAAGAAUCCUGAUACAAAACUGUCAUAAACAGAAUGCGCACAUGGGCCCAGUACAUAUUCUGGCCAUGUUGCGACAAAAGUAUUGGAUAAUCCACGGUUAA